UCUCGAGGAUUCCCCGGAAAGGUAAACCGAGGCGGAAAAAAAGAGAGCAGGUUAAUUACCCUCGCCGCCGCGAAUCCCCUCUCCUCCACUCGCCGCCGUCCCCGACAGCAAGAAUCGCCUAGCGAAAAUCCUUGCGGCUCGGAUUCCGGCGGCUGCCGCGAUGAAGCUCGUCCACCGCAAUCUCGCCCGAAACGGGCCCGGCUCCGCCAAGCUGCUGCCGGAGGAGGAGGACGACCUGUGGCACGCGUACAAUCUCAUCGCCGUCGGGGACAGUCUCCAGGCCGUCACUGUCCGGAAAGUUCUGAGAGAUUCUGCUUCUGGAGGACGUGAUGCGGAGCGCGUGAAGCUAAAGUUGGAAAUUGUAGUUGAGUCUGUAGAUUAUGACAAGGAGGGGAACGUUUUGCGCGUCCGUGGCAAAAAUAUUACUGAGAAUGAUCACGUGAAGAUUGGCCAGUUUCAUACUUUAGAACUUGAGCUGAAGAGACCUUUUGUUCUACGAAAGGAAUAUUGGGAUUGGUUAGCACUUGAUACCAUCCAACAAGCAUGUGAUCCUACUGCAAGUGCUGAUCUAGCAGUUAUUCUCAUGCAAGAAGGACUUGCUCACUUAUUCCUUAUUGGGAGAAGCAUAACAGCAACAAGGUCACGUGUUGAAACCUCGAUUCCUAGGAAACAUGGACCUGCCAUUGCUGGUUACGAGUCGGCUCUCAAGAAGUUCUUUGAGCAUGUUUUGCAGGCCUUGCUGAAGCACAUUGAUUUCGAAGUGGUCCAGUGUGUUGUAAUUGCAAGCCCAGGUUUUACUAAGGAUCAGUUUCGUGAUUACAUGCAUCUUGAAGCUGCACGGCGAGACUUGAGAGUAAUAAUUGAGAACAAAUCACGCAUUAUUCUUGCACAUGCACCUUCAGGCUACAAGCAUAGUUUGAAGGAAGUUUUGGACACCCCAGGUGUGAUGUCACUGAUAAAAGAUACAAAAGCGGCACAGGAGGUGCAAGCUUUGAAGGAAUUCUUCACUAUGCUUACUAAUGACUCAGCCCGAGCGUGUUAUGGACCUAAGCACGUUGAGGUCGCACAUGAACGUCUUGCAAUACAAACUCUUCUGAUGACAGAUACUUUGUUUCGGAACACGGACAUCGCUAGCAGGAGAAAGUAUGUGAACUUGGUUGAGUCAGUCAAGAAAUAUGGUGGUACAGUGCACAUAUUUUCUUCGAUGCAUGUCUCCGGCGACCAAUUGGCGCAGUUGACAGGAAUAGCAGCUAUACUUCGUUUCCCUCUGCCAGAUUUGGAGGACAUCGAGAUGUGAUUAGUCCAGCCCUGUCUGCAGCUGCCUAACAUUGUUUGUACCAAGCUGUUAACUUAUAGCUGAUCAAGUGUAAUAAUAAUAAUAUAACAGUUGGUUCUAUGUAGGUAGCAACAGAAAGAAAUUCUGACAACAUUUUAAUGUAUCCUUGUUGUAAAUGGUUAGCUAUGCCACAUCUAUUGGUUAUUCUUGACUUAAUAAUAAGGGCCCUCUCCACUUUUGCCCUUGA